AUGAACCGACCCACUCAAGGCCGCCGAGUGGCCACCCGCUCGACUCGUGCCAACGACGAGAAUGCCGUCCCUUCCAACGGCGUGUUUGCCGGUAAGGCUGUCGUCGCCCGCGCCGCAGGCAAGGCCGUCGUCGCUGGCAAGCUGCCCACCAAGGUCGACGCCGGCAAGGCUGGCGUGAAGCGCGAGCGCAACGUUCUCGGUGCCGUUACCAACACCAGGGACGCCGUUGAUGAUGCCAAGAAGUCUGGCAAGCCCGUGGCCAAGGAGGCUCGCCAGCCGCUUGCGGCUCGCACGCAGCAGCCUGCGCAGACCCGCCCCAUUGCUACCAUGCCCCACCGCAGCACCAAGCCUUCGGUCUACUCGUCGGCCGCGGACCGCUUGGCGGCGCUGGAGGCUUCGGAGAUGGACGUCGACGCCAGGGCUAGCGGCAUGGACUUUGGCCCCGACUCGCUUGUGGACUUUGACGACGAGGCGACCCUCGGUGGCAUGAGUGACGUUGAGGGCGACGACCUUCUUGAUGACGACGAGUAUGACGAGGACAAUUGGCUGCGCAUGACUGAAGAGGACGAGCGUGUAUGCCUCGAGGAGAUCCAGGCUGUUCGCGAAGUGUUCCAGGACGACGUCGACCUCUUUGACACUACCAUGGUCGCCGAGUACGCCGAUGAGAUUUUUGCCCACAUGGAGGAGCUCGAGAAGCAGACGAUGCCUAGCCCAGUGUACAUGGAGCACCAGACAGAAAUUGAGUGGACUAUGCGUACGACCCUGAUCGACUGGUUGUUGCAAGUCCACCUCCGCUAUCACAUGCUCCCUGAGACGCUCUGGAUUGCUGUCAACCUUGUCGACCGCUUCCUCUCGGUCCGUGUCGUGUCGCUCAACAAGCUCCAGCUUGUGGGUGUCACGGCCAUGUUCAUCGCCGCCAAGUACGAGGAGAUUCUCGCACCCAGCGUCGACGAGUUUGUCUACAUGACCGAGAAUGGCUACACCAAGGAGGAAAUUCUCAAGGGCGAGCGCAUCAUCCUCCAGACCCUCGACUUUACCGUCUCGCAGUACUGCUCGCCUUACUCUUGGGUCCGCCGCAUCUCCAAGGCCGACGACUAUGACAUCCAGACCCGUACCCUGUCCAAGUUCCUCAUGGAGGUCACCCUCCUCGACCACCGCUUCCUCCGCUGCAAGCCCUCCAUGAUCGCCGCGGUCGGCAUGUACCUCGCACGCAAGAUGCUCGGCGGCGACUGGAACGACGCCUUUGUCUUCUACUCGGGCUUCACCGAGCGCCAGCUUGUCCCUGCCGCCGUCCUGCUGUGCGAGCGUCUUGUCGAGGCAGGGUUCGACAAGGUCUACGUCUAUAAGAAGUAUGCCAACAAGAAGUUCCUCCGCGCCUCGACGUUUGCCGUCGACUGGGCCAUCAACCACGCCUCGACCACUUGGUCCGAGGAGUAA